AUGUACGUGAGCUACCUCCUGGACAAGGACGUGAGCAUGUACCCCAGCUCCGUGCGCCACUCUGGCGGCCUCAACCUGGCCCCGCAGAACUUCGUCAGCCCCCCGCAGUACCCGGACUACGGCGGCUACCAUGUGGCGGCCGCGGCCGCCGCGGCCGCGAACUUGGACACUGCGCAGUCCCCGGGGCCGUCCUGGCCCGCGGCGUACGGGGCCCCGCUCCGAGAGGACUGGAACGGCUACGCGCCGGGGGGCGCCGCGGCCGCCGCCAACGCGGUGGCGCACGGCCUCAACGGGGGCUCCCCGGCCGCCGCCAUGGGCUACAGCGGCCCGGCCGACUACCACCCGCACCAUCACCCGCACCACCACCCGCACCACCCGGCCGCUGCGCCUUCCUGCGCCUCGGGGUUGCUGCAGACACUCAAUCCCGGCCCUCCCGGGCCAGCCGCCACCGCCGCCGCCGAGCAGCUGUCCCCGGGCGGCCAGCGGCGGAACCUGUGCGAGUGGAUGCGGAAGCCCGCGCAGCAGUCCCUCGGAAGCCAAGUGAAAACCAGGACGAAAGACAAAUACCGAGUGGUGUAUACGGACCACCAGAGGCUGGAGCUGGAGAAGGAGUUUCACUACAGUCGUUACAUCACCAUCCGGAGGAAAGCCGAGCUGGCCGCCACGCUGGGGCUCUCCGAGAGGCAGGUUAAAAUUUGGUUUCAGAACCGCAGAGCGAAGGAAAGGAAAAUCAACAAGAAGAAGUUGCAGCAGCAGCAGCAGCAACAGCAGCCGCAGCCCCCACCGCCGGCACCACAGCCCCCCCAGCCGCCGCCAGGCCCUCUGAGAAGCGUCCCGGAGCCCCUGAGUCCUGUGUCUUCCCUGCAAGGCUCGGUGCCCGGCUCUGUCCCUGGGGUUCUGGGGCCAGCCGCGGGGGUGUUAAACCCCACUGUCACCCAAUGA